AUGGACUUCACCGGGCAAUACAACUUCCCCGGCACUCAGCCCUACCACCAGUUUAUGCCGAUUCCUCCUCUGACACCAUCGCAUUCGCAUUCUGCCGGCUCCGACGACUUUAAUGCAUCCCCGCCUGAAAACUACGACAACCUGCCCACAAACCACAACGAUCAGUUCCAGGCUUUCGACUACGCCUCCCAGGGCUUCAACGGCAACCCUCACCAGCCGCCUACUGCUUUUCCAGGGCCGCCCACUCCUCCUGGCCAGAACGUCUUUGCCGCCCAGGUCCAGUCUGUUCAUCACCAGCAGCAACACGGUGCCGCCAAGAUCGACUCCCCCGAAGACCAGACUGCAGUUCGUGGUGGUAGCGAGGAGGAUGAUAACCUGACACCGGCCCAGUCCCGCAGGAAGGCCCAGAACCGUGCUGCACAACGUGCUUUCCGUGAGCGAAAGGAGAAGCAUGUCAAGGACCUUGAGGCUAAACUCGCGGGUCUUGAGGCGGCACAGCAACAAGCGUCUCUCGAGAACGAACGUCUGAAGCGAGACCUCCAGAAGAUGUCGACUGAGAACGAGAUUCUGCGUGCCACCUCGCACGUCGGCCAUGGCUCCAUCUCUCCGGAGCCCGCCACCGGCCCGAUGCGCUUCAACCCUACCGAAUUUUACUCCAACGUCCUCCAGAACCAUACCAACAAAUCCCCCUCACACCGCAUCGUCACCGCAGAUGAUGGCGAACGGCUCCUUGCCGCUGGCGCGGCAUGGGACUUUAUCAUCUCUCACGAACUCUUCAAGAAGGGUCUUGUCGAUAUUGGUGAUGUGAGCGAGCGCCUCAAGCACUGCGCACGAUGCGACGGUCAGGGACCUGUCUUUUCGGAGCGUGCCAUCAAGAGCGCCAUUGAGCAGAGUGUCGCCAGUGGCACGGAUGACCUUCUGUAA